AUGGUCGAAGAAGCCCUUCUUCCGCCCCCAGCGGUCUUUGCCAGAGACGACCCUUUUGGUGUUCCGCCUGGUCCAGACGGUCGCGAGUACGACCGUGACCUUGAGCACUGGCAAUCUUGCGGCAAAUCGUCAUGUGCACGCUGCUUUUUCGAGAUGGGGUAUGCAGGCCGCUUGAGAAAAGGCCAAAAAACAGCCGCGAGCCCGGACGAGACGAAGGCAUGGUCAAAAAGGUUUUGCUUCCAUCACCCCACCCUCGGUAGCCGGACGUGGUUGUGUGUACGACCGCACUCCUGGUCUCACUGGGCUGCCGGGUGUUGGGUUUGCUCCCAUUUCCCGCCAGUGAAGUAUCCGUCGUCAUUCAGCCGCUUAGAAGUGUCGACGGCAGCAGCGAUUCAGCCAUCGCACUUCAAGACUCACGAGACCUCAAAAGGGCAUCUGGAUGCGAUGAGACAGAUGGUGAAGGCUCUCACUCCAGGGUCUUCCGAUACGCCGGUCGCCAGUGAGCCAGAUGAUGUGCCAAGGCUGGACAGAUUUCACCUCGCGGGCCUCAUCGUGAGUCGUCACGACACCUACCGUGACUAUGAAGCUUACGCCAGGUCUCUCAGGGUCUCCAGCAUUUUUGGUGACACUGGCGAUGUCUCUCGUCGGGUCUGCCAACAAAUGCUGCUUUGCUUGGCUGAACCACUGCAGAUACAGGACCAAGCUGUCAUUGCUAAGGCCGGUCUCCGGGGUCUAGCCACGGCUGGAUCUUUGACACUGGACGUACGAGAUGGUCUCCUUUUAGUCAUCGCCCGCUGGUAUUACCGUGACUUGCAGCAGAACGAUUUUCUGCCAAGUUCAGGUGUCUACGAGCACCUGCUGGGGGCCAUGAGAGAGCAGCCAGGCGGUGGCGCACGUGCUUCAGCCCAGGCCGUCCGCCACAUCUGCAGACAGGCGGCCACUCGGAGGCAUGGGCGACGUGGUCCCAACUCCUGCUAUGGUGAAGGAGAUGUCUGCGACGAGGAUUUGUACCGCAAGAUGCAGUCUGUGGUCUUCUCCAUCCUGGCAGACGGGGGUCCAACCGAGCAGUCUGCUCUUCCGCACCUUGUGGAAGAGUUCCCCAAUGUUACUCUGAGCUGGCGGGAUAGGUGCCAUCGCACUCGCUCGGUCAUGAAGUCCAUCUGGCAGCCGCUGAAUGACCGGUGUGGAGGUCUACUGGGCCAGCUGGUUACCGACGAGAAAAGCUUUGCACGCAUGAUGAAGAGUUCGGUCAAGUACUCUGGUCUCUUCAAAGAGGCGCAGAAGGAAGCCAGUGAUUGGUCCAGAGCGGUGAAAAGCCUGAGCUUCGCAAUGCAAAGAUUUGACUCGUUGACGACUCCUCUGUUUCGGGUCAUCACUCUGUUUCCGUCGGUACUGAGAUUCCUUUGCAAUAUGACCAGAGCAGAUGUGGGGGACAGUGAGGACCGUGUGUGGUCUCGCAGAUACCUGGAGGCCUUCACCAGCAGAUCCAAGCAGGGCGGUCUGAACUUGGCCAAAGCUGCCUUGGUGGGCGAUGCCCUUUUGGUCUUGCAGAGGUUCCUGCGGCUGGACGACCAUGCCGAGAGUGAUGUGCUGCUUAAAGCCCGCGAGGCAAUGGAAACCAAGCAGACUUUGAAGCUUUUGUUCAAGGAGGACGGCAUCUUCCACGCAGCCGCAGGUGACACACUCCUGCAGAAAGCAGUGGCAGGUCUCAAUGCCUUGGGACCGCUGCGCUGGCACGAGGGUUCACGGGAAAUCGUCGCAUCCGUGGAGCACCCAGACAUGAACGUGCUCAAAGAUUUUUCCAGGUCUUUGUAUGACCUGAUGUCUGCCAGCUUCGAGGCCUUCUUCCCCAACCACGACCACGUCAAUGCGUUCGCAGCUCUUGACCUGGAGGCAGGUCUCACAUGGCCCGAACGACAAAGUCUGGUUGAGGUCUUAGCCUCCCACGAAAAAGUUUGCAAAGCGCAGCUGUGGCUGCAGCUGGCUGGGUCUGACAGCGACAACGGGCCCAAGCUCGGCCUGUUUGCAAGAGCUUUCUAUUACUUCGAAAACCCUGCCAAGAUGGAUGGACAAGGUGCCCUCACAAAGCGGCGACCCGAACGCUCUGUUGCGGAGGUUGGCCGAUCCCGCGCUGCUUGGCUCAAAGUCUUGGCCGAGCUGAAGCCAGAGCAAAGAGCCAGAAGGUCUCUGGCGGUCUCUCUUCUGGAAAAGUCUUUGGCCUUGCAGAGCGGGACACAGUCGGUCGAGAGAUUCCUUGGGGAGGCUGCUCUGGCCGAGAACCAAUACCGUGCUCAACAUUUAACGGAUUGGAACCUGCAAGCUGCGAUCAAGCUCAAUGUCCAAAGCUUGAGAGGGUCUCGCAAGCCCAAGGCUUUCAACCCGGACGAGCUGUUCGAGGGGCCUCUUGACACCGUGCGGUUUCGAACUUCGAUGUCUUUCAAGGCCUCGAAAUACGGUGUUGCAGUCCAGAACUCCUACAGAGACUUCUUCGGCGAGAAAAAGCUUCCCCACCGAUCCCUGGAUCCUUCGAAGGCGCAACGCGAGCAGUCAGACAAGCCUGGUCUGGGGAACAUAAAACGGGAGUCUGCGAAGCGAAGCCUGGAGAAGGAGAUGCGGUUGCACAGCAGAUCCGUUUCUGCAGCGGUGGAGAGUGCAGCACGAGAACAACCCUCCGCAUCCAGGUCUUCCAGCUCGUGGGAGCCAAUGGUCCAGGAGAUGGCUGAGGUGGCUGCAGCACGUGAAAAGCGGUCUCUCCGGAGUGACGAUGCCGUGCCGUCUCAGGCAAAGCGGCAAAAAGUCCAGGAGGAUGACGCUGAUACCUUCGAAACUGCCCUUCGUCGCAGCCGCUUUCUGACGGAGAAGAAGAAAGCAGUGGUGAGUGAGACUCCCGCUGGCAGCCUGGUACCAUAUGUAGAUUCCAAAGGAGGAGUUUACCAGAAAAAGCUGCUUGUGCCAGCUCCUACGGCUCCUACGGCGCCGGUCUUGCCCCAGAUGAUCAAGGUCUCUGCUGCUCCUGCUGCUAGCAAAGCUGUGCCAAUCUGGCGGGGCUAUUGCCUCGCAACUUCGGUGUCGGAGGCUGAUGUGGUUUUGCUGCCAAAUGCUGGUCAGGACCUUUACUCACCGACGGCCUUGGAAGCCCGCUUGUGGGGCAAGCGAGUGGUGGACCGGCAAUGGCUGAAAAGCAAGAUGACUGAGGGUCUUUGCAUCUCUUUUGAAGCGGCUUUGGAGAGGCAUUUGUACUUUCAUCUGCAUGAGACGUUUCGCCAUGACUACCCGGAGCACACUGAGGCAUUAGUGAGCUCUGUCAAGGCCUUUAAGCGGAAGGGUCGCAAAAAAUGCCUGGUGGUGGAGCCCGGAGACAUGCCAACCGAGCCUAAACACCCACGGCUGACCUAUCAGCUGGUCUCCCUGAAAGAGCAAGACCGGAUAGCUGCUGAGUCUACAGAUGGCAAGGUCUCGCAGACUUUGAAUCUGGAGCAAUGCAUCAACCUGUUGACGGUUGUGCAGAAAGUGUAG